AUGGCAUCAAAUUCAGAAGCUUAUGUGCAAGCUGCCAUACCCAAAUUUGAAUGUUACUAUGAUUAUAGGGUUAUGUUGAUGGAAAACUUCUUGAGGUCAAAGGAGUAUUGGUCAUUGAUCGAGGAAGGAAUUCCGACAGUUGCAAAUGGUAAAGCACUAACAGAGGUACAAAAAAAGAUUAUUGAUGAUCAGAAGCUGAAAGAUCUUAAAGUGAAGAACCAUCUCUUCCAAUAUAUUGAUCAUACGAUAAUGGAGACAAUUCUCUCGAGAUAUAUGACUAAGGAUAUAUGGGAUCCCAUGAAGCAGAAAUUUCAAGGUUCAACUGGUGUGAAGCAUGCACAACUUCAAUCAUUAAGGAGAGGGUUCGAAGUUUUGCAGAUGAAGGAAGGGGAGCAGUGGAAUCAGUAUUUUUCAAGAACACUCUCCAUUGCGAACAAUAUGAAGACACACAAGGAGAAGAUGAAGCAAAUGAUUAUCAUUGAGAAGAUAUUCAAGUCCAUGACCUCAAAAUCUAAUUACGUUGUGUAUUCUAUUGAAGAAUGCAAUAACUUGGAGACUUUGACAAUAUAUGAGUUGCAGAGCAGUUUGGUUGACGUCACUAUCAUAUCAACAGUGGAAUCAUGUUAA